CCUUGCUCAUAGAGGCAAGGGCGAUUUCAUAGCCACAAAGGGAUCUCAAUGUUUAACAAUGAAAUGCAUCCGGACAAUGAACUUCAUGCUCUCGUUGGAUGAUAGAAUCGUUGCUGCAAAAGCUUGCUUGCUCACUAAUAAAUAUGUUGACGAACAACUUGCAAAGGCAAAUAUUUUGCGUCUUCGCAAGAUCAGAGUCAUAAAGUUUCCGCUUGUCGUGGAGCCACUGAUCGAUACAGCGGAAGUUCCUUGACGAGGUUUCAUCACCUGUAAUGAAUAAAAUGAGAUGAUGAACCUUUUUCACCUGAUUCAUCUGAUCGAAAUAUAUCGUAAUCUUCCUCUUCGUUCGAGAGGUGGAAAGUGGAAUUUAAUCAGGAGAAUUGGAAUGUUAGAUAGAAGUAGAACGAAGUGAGAGAGAGAAAGACGAGCGAUAAGAAGAUGGUAUUCAGGAGAAGAUGGAAAACAUUUAUGAAGAGAAUCGAAAUCGAGGAGAUGUAACCACAGAUGCGAAUAUUCGUUUACUUUCGAUCGUUAAAAAGUAGGCAACUACUUCUUUCACUCGAGCUCUUGUGAUUGAUUAGUAAUACCAGAUGUGGAAGAAAUAUUAAGAACAAUAUGAUGUGCUGCUCGCAUGACGUUCAUCGCGAAGUCGAGGAACGCUCGUCUCUCGUCGUUUCGGAGCCUCCAAAUGCUUGGGAGGAAGACUUCUUCGUUAGAUAAGCACGACACCCAACACGAACCAGUAAACUAAUUAGACAAGAGUGAGUCCUCUUGUCAUUUGAGUAAAGGAAGUAUAUCUACCCGUUUGCAAUCUCAUUUACAAAUAAAAAAAUUCGAAAAUCUACUCCUUCACUCUUGUUGAAGAGCCCACCUAAUUCGUUUCACAUAGUUUCUUUUAUUGGAUUCAUUCAUAGAAGGAAAAUCAAAGAUGCCGGCUACCACAAUGAAAAAGAUGGUCACGGCCAUGAAGUCGGCCGCGAGCAAGGUCGCCGCAAAGGAACCCGCGAAGUCGAUGAAGAGCCGUAGCGCUUCCGUCACCAUCGUGGUCCGAUAACAAGAUUUUUGAUUUCAUUUUGAUUUUUGAUGAAGAUGAGCAUGAGCAGAUCAGACAGAUUCUAGAUGUUCAAUUUGUUUUUGAUGAAUUUGUUUUUGUAGAAGUACUGCUUUCCGACGUUUGAUUGCUCUGUCUUCUUUACACACAUAUUAGUUUCCCUCAAAAACCUGUACCACAGAAACCGAAGGCAGGACGAAGCAAAUCAAAGCCUACCGCAAUGAAAAAGAAGGCCGCACCGGCACGACCAGCUGCAUCAGAAGACGUAUUUUUCAUCCUCUACUUUCCUUAGAUUUCUUUUUCCUGGUUGUAAUAUUCAUCUCCCUUGAUGAAUGCUCCCAUAGCAAAAUUUGAAUAUCUCAAGAAUUCCACUUUCAAACGCAAAUUGAUGAAACAUCACCCACAACAGACUGACUCUGUGGCUGAGGCCUCAGAGGGGAGCGGUUCCCUAGAGGCUUCGGAGGACGUUGGCGCAAGCAAGCGAAAAAAACAGAUCUUGCUGUAUAUGAGCAGCCUAAUCGUCGUAAUCGCUUUGGUCGGAUUGUGGUUCGGCUUCUUCCUCUUCGGCUUGGGCAGUUGGGGAUCCGCGCUGCAAGUGUUGGAUGACAAUUAAGGCUUGAGUGUUUGAGAUGUUUAAGAAGAAAGAGAAAGGGAACAUGUUGUCAAAGUAGAAGAAGAUGUAUUUUUUUAGAUACGUCUCUUUCUAGUAUGCCUUUCAAGAUCGAUAAUGAACGACUAGAAUUCCUUCGGAUUAUUCUUAUUCUGAAUGAUUAUGAUUUAUGAAUUAUAAUAUUAUUGUGAUAAUUCAGUGCUAUCUCUAAGAAGAGUUGCAGGCUGCAUCCGUCUACGUGAACCAGAAGCUGGCCCAGGGUCUCGCAUCUGUCAAGACCAAGGCCUCUGAAGCAUCAGCAGCCGCUGCCAAGACCACGGGUCUAGGCAAGACUAAGGCCACUGUGGAGGCAGGUGUAGUAGGAGGGCGUUCCGCCGUUCCGGUCCCGCCGCCGCCACCACCGUCCUCAGAGCCAGCUGUGAAGGCGCCGCCACCACCGCCAACUCCGCAGCAGCCAUCGAAGGGCAAUGGAGCCAAAGGAAGCACCGGCAAUGGAGGAGGUAUCCCCCGCAGCACUAAGGGAGGAAACGGAAAGGGAGCUAUGCCGUGAAAAAACUGCAAACGGAAGGAGGUGAUGUUAGUUUUACCCCAUUCACUAGGAGGUACAAGCAGGUACCCGUAUCUAUUAGAUGUAAAGGUUAUGAUAGUGUAGUAGACAGAAAAUGGCUAUGAAAAGGUUAAAGUACUGCAACUUCUUCUACUACAUGAACUUGUCGGAAGUACGUAACAACCAAGGUGUACUGGGAUUACUUGUCCAGCUGGGUACUUGUUAGAACUACAAGGGGAAGGGCUGAUAGGAGGAACUACAGGAGCGGUGCUCCAUGGUACUCCAUAACUAUAAAGAUACGCUUAUUUCAAUUUAAACCUAGAUUUAUAUCUGCUUACAACUCGAUCUCGAACUCAUGAUCUUAUCAAUAUCUACAUCAACUCAACAACAGCAAGGUACUAAAGGUAGAAUGCAAAACAUCUGAAUCAACAGAGGAAUACACCAGAAGAUAGAAGUAACAAGGAUGAGGAAUACAUUUUGUUCCCAUAUUGCUUACAUAUGCGCAGAUCGGGGGAAAAAGGAGAUCAUUUUUAUUCGGGCUCAGCACUGAAAUUAAAUACUUCUUGCUUGCUCAAGAUGGUUUUUACGCAGUCAAGGUUGAACCAUCGAAAACGCAUCCAAAAAGUAGAGUACUUAUUCAUUGGUUCAUGAUUGAAAUUCGGAUUGAUGAUGUGGAUGACAUCAUGAGAUCGAUGACAGCAAUCAUGAAUUGCAAGGCGCAAUUGGAGAGCAAUCGCGAACAAGAGGGUUCGAAGGAUACGUAUGGAUGGCUCUCGGACCGCGUAUGCAAUUGUGCUCUUUUCUCCUCACUACUAACUGACGAUCAUGGCGAACUACAAUGUGUGUUCCGUGAUUCACCUAGUUGAAAAUCAACGAGCUCUUUUAGUUUUCUCGACACACACCAACCGGUGCCUGGUGUCACGAAAGAAAUUCGAAUGGACGAAAAUAGUACGUUCUAC